AAACUGGCUACAUAUCUCAAUGUUAUAGUAAUACCCAACCAAAUGGCUUUUACUUACAACUACUAUACUUGGUAGCAGGAAGCACCCUCUCCAAGGCAAUUAAUAAAGGGUGUGCGUAGGCUCACACUUUCAAGUUUCAGAGUUAGAAGAGCUCAACCAAUUAAAGACCCUUUUCUUUUGUUUUCUCUCUUACUACUACUUACCGCCGAAUGAGUAAUGAGUCACUACUACUACGUAACAUUAGUUGAGUUGAGGAUAAGGUUGCAGAUCCUUGAGGUACCUUCAAGCCAAUCGUGCAUCACCACCUCUCCCGGAUCAGAAUGCAGCCUUUCAGAACUUUUCAAAGAUAUUGAAAAAACAAAAACCCAUUUAAGUUAGUUUUCUUUUCUGCAUACAUAGCAUACACAUACACUGCAACUGAGUGAUAAAUUAGGCAGGCAGCAGCCUCAGGCCGUGUGUUAAUUUCUUCCCUCUUCUUUCUUAUUAAUAGUGCUGCUAUUGAUAUGAUGGGACUUUCUCUUUGGGUUUUAAUCGAUGCCGCUAUGCCCAUGUCCUUCAUCUGUGCUCUUUUGGACUUUUGCAAUUAACCAAUGGAGACAGAUAUCAACUCAGACUCACUCCAAGACCCAUCAUUUUCUUUCUGCCUUCUUUAAUAUCCAUAUGAGGUUUUUUACUUACGGGCCAAAACUAUAAUAACACAACCCUUUUUUCGUAUGUGUGUACACAUUUGCAUUUGCCACUUUCUUGUCUUUUUCUGCCCCUUUGUCUUUUUUCAGGUACCAUUCUGUAAGUGAGCCUGCCCUCUUGAAACCUGUGAUUCCCCUUGGAGCUAUUAAGGUCCGGGGAAGAAUUUUCAAGCCUUUGUUCCUUUUUCAUGUUUGGUUUUUAAAAGGGUUUAUCAGGGUUUCCAUCUGAGAAAAAAAUAAUAAUUUCAAGAGCCUUUCCUUUUUGGAGGGUAUUGAAACAAGGGCAAGGCAGCACAAAAGAUUGCAGAACUAAUAGAUACCAAUGGCAGAUUGGAAUGGCUUUCUGAACAAAAGCAGCGGUUUUGGUGGGGGGUCAAUGAGGAACGAAGAUUUUGAUGAAGGAGAUGUGUGGGGUGUGGCCAUGGAGAGGGAGAGGAACUUUUUAAGCCCAAAACUGAGGGUAUCUAAGGAGUCCUCUGGUUCUUCCUCUGCAUGGCUCCUACCAACCUCUCCAAGAAAGAUCCCAAGGACUAAUAGUACCACACCAAACUCCUUGGAAUCUGAUUCUUCAAAUGUGGUUCAAAGGUCCUCAGCACCUAUGGACAUUCCUGAUUGGUCUAAAAUAUAUGGGAAAAGGGGUGUUGAGGAGGGUGUAAGCAACAAGAAGCUUGAUUGUGGUUAUGGAGAUCAUUAUGGUGAUGAUGAUGAUGAUGAUGAUGAUGGCGAGGAUGAGGAUGACAUGAUACCUCCUCAUGAAUGGAUUGCUAGGAAACUCGCAAGGAGCCAGAUUUCAUCUUUCUCUGUAUGUGAAGGGAUAGGGAGGACACUGAAAGGGAGAGAUCUUAGCAAAGUGAGAAAUGCUAUUUUGACCAAAACAGGUUUCAUAGAGUAGUUAGUGUUGGAGGUUUCAUUCACCACUAUGACUCAUGGUCAUGUCAUUAUCAGCUUCAUGUCUGGCAUCACCACAAUGAAGUCAUCAUCAUUGUUACAUUAGGAUCCCAUGCAAUUUUUUUUUAUUUGAUUAUUAUCGGCACUCAUAUCAUAUGAAAUUGGAAUGUGAGGUCCUGCUGCUGCGGAACUCAUAAUAGAGCAUGUACGUGAAAGCCAGAGGUGCCCUUUUUGUUUUGUCGUUCUUUUUGUUUUUUUGUUCUAAAUUUUCUGGGAAAAGGGAGUUUUAGGGAAAGGGAAAAGGAGGAGUGGCAGCCUCUGAAGUUUUGUCUGGAUUUGUAUUAGACUUAGGCGAAUGGAGUGCACUCUCUGUUGUUACUGAGUUUAAUAGUCUUCAAGUUUUCACUUCUGGUUGGUUGAUCAUUCCUUAACUAUAUUAUUAAUGCUUCAGUAUUCCUUCUUUUUUCA